UCUAGAGAAGCCAAUCAGUGUCACCGCUUUUCCGGUUACAACGUCUCCCCGGACCCGCCCGCACACAGAUUGUCCCCAGAGCCGGAGGCUGCCGGUCAUGGGCCCCCGAACGCUCCUCCUGCUGCUCUCGGGGGCCCUGGGCCUGUCGGGGACCCCGGCGGGCUCCCACUCCCUGACGUAUUUCAUCACCACCUGGUCCCGGCCCGGCCGCGGGCAGCCCCGGUACAUCGCCGUCGGCUACGUGGACGACACGCAGUUCGUGCGGUUCGACAGCGACGCGGCGAGUCCGAGGAUGGAGCCACGGGCGGCGUGGAUGGAGGGGCCGUGGGUGGAGGAGGUGGAGCCAGGGUACUGGGACCGGAACACGCAGGUCUGCGACGACAACGCACAGACUGCCCGAGAGAACCUGAACAUCCUGCGCGGCUACUACAACCAGAGCGAGGCCGGGUCUCACACCAUCCAGAGGAUGUUUGGUUGCGACGUGGGGCCGGACGGGCGCCUCCUCCGCGGGUACAGGCAGGACGCCUACGACGGCGCCGACUACAUCGCCCUGAACGAGGACCUGCGCUCCUGGACCGCGGCGGACACGGCGGCUCAGAUCACCCGGCGCAAGUGGGAGGGGGCCGGUGAGGCGGAGCGACAGAGGGGCUACUUUGACGGCUCGUGCGUGGACUGGCUCCUCAGACACCUGGAGAGGGGGAAGGAGACAUUGCUGCGCGCAGACCCCCCAAAGACACAUGUGACCCACCACCGCAGCUCUGACCGUGACGUCACCCUGAGGUGCUGGGCCCUGGGCUUCUACCCUGCGGAGAUCACCCUGACCUGGCAGCGUGAUGGGGAGGACCUGACCCAGGACACCGAGCUCGUGGAGACCAGGCCUGCGGGGGACGGGACCUUCCAGAAGUGGGCAGCUGUGGGGGCACCUUCUGGAGAGGAGCAGAGAUACACGUGCCAUGUGCAGCACGAGGGGCUGCCCGAGCCCCUGACCCUGAGAUGGGAGCCGCCGCCUCAGGCUGCUAUCCCCGCUGGCAUGGUGGUGGGCAUCAUUGCUGGGCUGGUCCUCCUUGGAGCUGCGGUCACUGGAGCUGCGGUCACUGGAGCUGUGCUGUGGAGGAGGAAGCGCUCAGGUGGAAAAGGAGGGAGCUACGUUCAGGCUGCAGGCCGUGACAGUGCCCAUGGCUCUGAUGUGUCCCUCACGGCUUCUAAAGGUGGAGACAGGAGAGGCUGUGAGGACCGAGCGUGGACGCGGCCUGAGCCCAGUCGGGGCUCAGUGCAUCGUGGGCUCUGA